UUCUUUAUUAAUUGUAAUAAUAAGAUGUUAGAGAUAAUACAUAGUAGGCUUGUACUUGUUGUACUGGUGCUGUUGGCUGUGUCUGGACAGACAUUCAACAUCGCCAUCGCUGCAUCAACCACUGACACCUUCGUUACCACUGCUAGCCCAUACUCUGGCAGCACUUCAGGCGGCUUCACCACUAGCCCUACAAGCAGUAUCUCUGGCAGAAUCACUACUAGCACUACUAGCCCAUACUCUAGCAGCACCACUGGCAGCAUCUCUACUGAAAGCAGCACUACUAGCACCACAGCUAGCCCCUACUCUGGCAGCACUUCUGGCGGUUUCACCACUAGACCAUACUCUGGUAGCAGCACUACUAGCAGUAUCUCCGGCAGCACUUCAAGCCCAUACUCUAGCAGCACCACUGGCAGCAUCUCUGGCAGCGCCACUUAUAGCCCAUACUCAAGUAGCACCACUGGCAGCGCCACUUAUAGCCCAUACUCAAGCAGCACCACUGGCAGCAUCUCUGGCAGCACUACUAGCCCCUACUCAAGCAGCAUUGUUGGUAGCACCACUUAUAGCCCCUACUCAAGCAGCACCACUGGCAGCAUCACUAAUACUCCAUACUCUGGAACCAGCAGCAUCUCCGGAACCACUGUGACCACUGUCCCAUACUCUAGUACCUUCUCCAGCACUACUUCAAGACCAGUGUACUCGACCUCUACUGGAGAGUACACCACUACUUACUACAGUACAUCAUCAGGAUCCACAUCAUAUGUAUCAUCAACAACAUCAACAACAACAACAAAUGAUGACAGUCGCUAUAAUGAUGAUGGCCCAACAGACUUUGAGAUCCAAGUGAUGAUCGUCAUUGGUAUCCUUUUAGUAAUCUUUGUCAUUGUCGUACUCAUUCUUAGGAAGAUGAGGAAUGGAACGUUCAAGUACCAACCAUUGCCAGUGCCAGCGCCACUUGAAAUGGAGGUUCAUACUCCAGUCAUCUCACCAUCUAUUCCGACAAUGUCGACCUCACCUGUGAUCGAGCAACAACAAGCUAAAGAUGUCUCCGUGAUGCCAAACAACAUGAUCAUGCCACCAAUGUACCAUCCACAGCAACAGCAACAGCAACAGUUUGUUCCACAACAGAUGUUCUACUAUGUCCAUCAGGCACCUUAUGGAUAUCCAGGUGCUACCCCUGUCCCUACCCCGGCCGCUGCCACUACUGCUGCUACUCCACAAAUGCAACAAUAUCCAUCAUAUCUGCCACCGCCAUAUCCAUUCCAGCCACCUCAAUAUCCAUUCAUGGUUGCCCAACAACCUCAACAACCUGAACAA